AUGAGCUUGAGAAGCAAACUCUCUUCCUUGAGAGAAUAUUUGACCCCUAUAAACAAUGAAUCAAAUUUUCGAAAAACGGGGGAAAUUUCGCCUGAGGAAUUCGUGAAGGCUGGUGAUUAUUUGGUGUAUAAGUUCCCAACCUGGUCAUGGGGAACGUGCCCGCCACAGCUUCAGAAAAAGUUUUUACCGCCAGAGAAACAGUUCUUGGUCACUCGACAUGUGCCUUCCUACCAGCGAGUUGCCACUGCAAUUCCAGACUCAUUCGAGAACACAGACGAGGAAUUUGAACAUGAUAGCGAUAGCGAAUGGAUUCCGAGAAUGAAUACAGGUGGAAUUAACGCCUUGAAGCAGCAGCAACAACAGCUGCUGUGCCAGCAGGAUUUGGAUGACCUAAUGGACGAUGCUGCUGAGGACGAAUUGGCUGAAGACGACCUUGAUGAAUUCACCCACAUUGAGCUGGACGAACUGACGCUUCGGAAAUAUGAUCUUUACAUUGCAUAUUCAACCUCUUACAGAGUACCGAAGAUGUACCUAGUUGGGUUCAAUGCAAACGGGAUACCGCUCUUGCCUCAACAAAUGUACGAAGAUAUCGCAGGAGACUACAAGGACAAGACUGCCACAAUUGAGAAUUUACCGAUGUCCUACAACACGACCUCGGUGUCGAUCCAUCCUUGCAAACACUCUUCUGUGAUGAAGGUAUUUAUGAAGCAUGCUAAAGCCAAAGCACACAAGACGCAGGCGGAUUUGUCUUCGCAAUUAGGGUCUUUAGAGUUGCGGGACAACUCCAGUGAAGACAUUGAUGAGGGUAUUCGCGUGGACCAAUAUCUUGUAAUCUUUCUAAAAUUUAUUGCUAGUGUCACGCCAGGGAUCGAGUACGACUUCACUACUGAUGCCCUCUGA